AUGUCUGACCAGUACGGUGGCCACCAAUACAAUCAGUACGGGGCACCGCCACAUGGCGAUAACCAGUAUGGUGCAUAUGGAGGCCAGCCAGGUAACUACCCUGCACAAAACCAAUAUGGGCAGCCUCCGCAGCAAGGCUACUAUCAAUCUACACCUGCGUACGAUCAGCAACCUCACCCCCAAUAUCCAUCGUACGGCCAGCAGCAGAAUUAUCCCCCACCCUACGGUGCCGGCCCCCAGCAAGGAGGUUAUCCUGGCGAUUAUAGCCACGGACAAGGCUCGUAUAUGAACCCACCGCAAGCCGGUGGCCACUCCCCCUACCCCCAGCAGCAAUCUCGCCAGGGUGAGAGUGCUUCAUAUUACGGCGAUAGCUCGCAGUCGGGUUACGCAUCUCACGCAGGACACGCCCCUGGCCCGGCGGGACAGGAAGGGGAGAGAGGGCUUGGUUCGUCGAUUCUUGGCGCUGCCGGGGGUGGUUUCGUUGGCCAUAAGCUUGGGGGCGGACUACUAGGUACGGCAGGAGGUGCAUUGGUUGGAGCUGCAGGCGCGAAUCUAGUCAGCAAAGCGUACUCACAAGAAGCACAAGAAAGAUAA